AUGGACAACAAUUUUAACGAUGUCACCCUCAGCACCUUCAAAAACAGUCUCCUAGCCAAGCACGGCUUGAGGAAGUUUUUGACUGGCAAGCUGGCCACCAGUACGCGCCAACUGAUAGAUUGGAUCGACAAGUAUAAACAAGUAGAGGAAGACCAGCUGCAAGGUAAGGGAAAAGAGAAGGUUAUCCCUCAGGAGAGGAGGGAUUUCAGGUUGGACCGAUAUAACAGCAGCUGCCUGAGGAGAGAUUUCGUAGGGCAAUCCAGAGCAGCCAACACACAGACUGUCAAUAUUGUAUUCCGAGAAUCAGUACAUCGAGUGUUGGAGAAAAUCAAGAACGAGCCCUACUUCAAGUGGCCGAAUAAAAUGGCGGGAGAGUCCACGAGGAGCAAUCAGAACUUUUAUUGCCAAUAUCACCAAGACCACGGAGAACUGCAGGAACCUCUAGAACUACUUGGACCAGCUAGUAUGAGGAGGAAAGUUGAACAUCACUCCGGGGGUCAUCAAGGCCAAACCCACCAGGAACCCCAGAAAGAUACUGCCCUAAGGUCACCCGUGGGGACGAUCAAUGUAAUCCUAGCCGCGCCAGUAUGA